AACACUAAUCGGAACUCUCGCAGUAGUCGGAGAGUUAGAAUCCGUGGUGUCAUGUUUUUCGACUGCCUUCUUUAGCACACGAGCAGCGGCAAGCGUUUGUAUAGUUCGUCCAAUUUAAUCGGUAAAGAAACGGGUCCAGCGUUGAAGAACUAUUAAUUUUAUCGCAAAGACAGAACCCCGUUGCAGCAGUGCGUGUAGGUCGUCGUGGGCAGGUCAGAGAACUGCAAGCAAAAAGCAGCAGCAGGCGUUAGCUCCAAAGUGUCCAAAAGUGUAGUAGUGUGGAGUUCUGAAAGCCCUAUUUUUGCAAGAGGCCAUCAGCCAUACGAAGUAGCAGUAUUCGGUGUGCGCCGUGUGUGCCAGAGAAAAAGAUAUCCUAAUACGGGUCGUGAUCAGAGUGUCCAGUGGAAUCGUGUUGCGGAAAAAAUGAAAAACCCCAUUCGCAAUGUGACUAGCAGUGCCGUGAAGAGACACAUAUUCGCUUGCAUCGGUGAAAUGUAGGGAGCAAUAUUAGCGCAGUAGUGGUGACGAAAAGAAAAUGAAAUUGAAAGGAAUGGUAGUCGGUGUGUAGUCGCUGAAAGGGCUGGCGUGCGUAUAAAACGUCGAGGACGAUCGUGCGAGAAGAGUGCAGUGAGUGAACGAAGAUGAAAGAGCCGUGUGUGCGCAAGCGAUAGAUAGGUGUAGAUAGAAAAAGAAAGCGCAUGCGACGGGCAAUAUGUGCAAAGAGUGCAGCAACAGCCAGAGCAGAGAAGGAAAGAGGUAGAAGAAAACGUCUCCGAAAUUCGCCGAUCCGUCACGGAACCAACACACGCGGCGGAGUAGUCGACUUGGCACCACCACACAGUCGCGAGGCUGGUACGUAGCGGUCGCGACUGUCAGUGCGAGAUGAACAUCGCCAGCGGCAGUGGUGGUAGGAGACCGCGGUGCGGGCAAACGAGACGGCAGAUAUGGCGAUGGUGAUAUUCGGUCGGCGAUAGAUUGGCCACAUUGAAAGAAGAGCAGUAAUUUUCUUGCGGCCGCACGGCUGCAAAACACACCACACCGAAAAGUAGUGCUAAAGUGAUUUUUAAGCAACGAAAGAGCCACAACGGCAACGUGCUGUGCAUUCAGUGGAAAAACUACACAAAAAAUCGUCUGAUCAAUAGGCGAACAUAUAUGUACAUUAUAAUAUACACCAUAUAUACAUAUAUAAUCAUAUAUCAUUGUGCCAAGAGCAGGAAUUAGUGCAGAGCGUGUGUGUUGCAUUGCAAAGAAUCUCUGGGCUUCAAAAAACAAAAACGUGUUCCCCAGCCCGGUCGUGUUGCGGGAAGCUUCUUGUCCUGGAAACAUAACCAUCAUUACCUGCAGGAAGUGUUUCCAUCGGCAGUAGCGACAACGUAGGGAAAAAGUUUCACCGGUGAACCGAGCGAUUCCCUUUGCUUGGGGCGGAAGAAACUUCCGCCGCCGGUCGGUUGUGGAAUCGUCCGUUUUCGCCGAUGGCUCCGUCGCCAGAACUUGGACAGCCCAAGGCGCCAGAUAAAGCUGGCGACGAGCAGCAGAAGAUCACAUCGGGAUCCGGCGACACAACCGAUCGUACGGCAGGAACCACCGGCAACGACACACGCGAUCGACCCGUACCAGCCUCCUCCGGGCUGACUAGUUCCACUCCCGGGGCAAGUACUACAAUCAACAGUCACGGGGAUUGCGGCAAGUCGGGAUCGACCCCUGGAAUGAUUGCAAUACCUCCCGUGAUCAGCACGAUGGCAAUGUCAGCGGCCACCACAACGACCACCACCACGCCGGCAACGGCCGUCAAAGUGUCUUCUUCUUUGACGACAACAUCUACGGCAGCGGCGGCAGCCACCACCAGCGGCGGUCAUGGCAAAAACGUUGAAAGCGGCAAGGGUUCGUCAUCGUCCGCUUCGGCAGCCGGUGGCAGCAACAACAAUAAAGAUACCCACUUCCAAUCGUCUGCACAGGAACCGCUUGCCACAAUGAACGAGGAUGCCCUAAAAGCUUUGCUGGAUGAAGCGAUUACUUACAAGUGCCCAAAAGAUCGCGAGCACAAGAGUGCUACGUUCAAUGAACUGCUGAGCAAAACGGAACGCGAAGAUCAAGAGCAGAACUUUUCCUUCGCCAGCCGACCAGUGCUCAGCAAGCGAGCAUCCGCUCGACCGACGCAGGGCGGUUCCCUGCAGGACAUCACGGAAGCGACGAAGCAAGAAUAUGGCUACACCGAGUACUGCUCUGGCUCGAGCCUCACCAACAAGCGACACGGGGGCGGUGGUCACGGUGGCGCACGCACGAAGCGCCAGGUUUCGUCCGUUUCCUCGAGGCAGCGCGAGGGCGGUAGUCUGCCAAGCAACGUGAACGAAACGACGACACCAUCCUACAUCAGUGAGCAGCCGUUCCUGAAUGAGGUUCGACGCCCGCUCAAGUCGACCUCCGUGAAACUUUCUUCCGCCAAAACCAACGACUACGGGGCCCUGCUCCAGUCCGCUCCGCUCAAUGCAAUUGCCGGGAACGAUUGGAGCAGGGGUGAUGAAUCUCAUCUGGCAAAGGGGGGUGGUGGCAGCAGCGUUGACUCUGGCACGGGCUCGCUGGGGGUCGGUUCGCAUUCGGUGACUGGUGGCUCCGGCGGCUCCGGUUCCGGUGCAGUAGGCCAUACCGUCAUUAAUAUGGGAGAACUUGAUUCGGACGAACCGUCGGUGCUCUCGGGACAUGCAAGCAACGCUUUACAGCAGUUGUGCAUGUUUGUGUCCCAGAGUAACAACUACGAGACCAACGUUGACGACAUCGAACUAAUGGCGAUGGGCAGCAGUGCGGCCACCAACAGCGGCAGCGGCAGUACCGGUGGUGCCUCCGGUGUGGUGUCAGGAAGCAUCGGUGCUACAUCCGGCGGUUCGUCCACGACGACCGUAACGUACGGUGGUGGGAUCGAUGCGUUUGGCAAUAGUGCUGGUGGUAGCAGCAGCAACUCCAGCAGUAGCAGUAGUACCGGCGGCUCUGGCUCCGGAAUGGCAGUGGGGGGCUCGGUUAGUGGCUCCGGUUCCUUGCCAUUGUCAAAGAAAGCAUUCUCCUACCCUAAGCAGCAGUACACGACACAGGCCAGCCUGGAGAUAGGUCAGGCUUGCAACGUGACCCGACCGGCAUCAGUGCACCAUGUGGACAAGACGGUGUCGCUACCGAUGCUGGAAACGGUACAGCUCGGCUCGACCUAUCCGGCGGUAAAGUGCAUGAUCGACAGCAGUAAGGUAGACCAGUCCACGAUCAAGUCAGUGCUCUCGUCGAACAACCAGUUCAUAUCGACGACGCGAAGUAGCCUUACUUACCCCACGAUACAGCAAAAGUUUGAUGAAAAUGCCAACUCCGUCUCGCAGUUCGGAGGCAGCAGCGGGGGAGGCAUAACCGCGUCGUCUGGCGGCAGCAGCCAACUGGGAGGAGGCACUGGUGGCACUGGCAGUGGGUCAGGAUCUGGACUUGGAGCAGGAGGCAACAAAAAGCCCCGUAAACCGAAAUCCGACCGCAAUACGGUGGUGGUGGUACCGGAAAACAUUGCCGGCUACCGAGGGCAGUUCGAAAUCGAGGCCCUGGUGUCCUACAUCGAAAACGACGACAGCGACAAGCCACAGAAGCAAUCAUCGCAGCAACAACAGCAGCAACAGCAGCAGCAGCAAUCGGCUGCCAGUUCCGGAUCGAGCAUGAAAGUAACACGUGUGCAAAGUGGCGGAUGUUAUACGACGGUUGGUGGUAGCACUACGGCCGGAAUCGGUGCAGCUGGCGCUAUUGUCUCCGGCUCGAUGGUCGAUGGUGGUGGCAAGGAGGAGGAACGGGGCAAGCGCAAGAACGAGAAAAAACGAGAACGCGCGGCUGCGGCCAAAAUGAAGAAAAGUAACUCGCUCGAGGAGCUGAGCAGUUGCAGCAGAAAGAAGGUGGAGGAAGAAAACACUCGACAAAAUCACGUGGAGAAAGCGCGGGCCCAGGAGACGGACCCGGCCGUUACGCUGCGUAGCAGUAAAUCAAAGAAAACCCAAUCCGGAGCGCAUGCGAGCACCGCCGGCAGUGGUUCGACGGCGACCUCAUCGUCUAACCUCACGACCACCAAGGGAGGAGAUAGUGGCAAACGGUCCGAGCGGCGGUCUUGGGGCACGGAGGAACUUACUUUCCUCGGCAACGAUAUGGGUUCCACGAUGCCCAUCGAAGCCGUAGAGGCACUCGUAUCGUCCUCGUCCGCCACGACCGGUGGUGGUGGUGGAGGCAAAGGUAGGAAGGACAAAAAGGAGCAAAACGUGGGCGGCCCGGUGGCCGGUGGUGGUAAAAAUGCUUCCUCUACGGCGUCUUUAGGGGACAUGGGAACGACACAGCCAUCGUCGUCAUCGUUGAAGAAGCGUGACUCGCUGCGGAUGUCGGUGGAAUCACUUUCCGCGGUUGGUGGAAGCGGAACUGGUGCGGGUGGUGGAGGCGAGGCCUCUGACUUUCACGUAGUUACUAAGAAGAAGAAGACCAAAAAGAAGGUUCAACAUCUUGGUCAGGACGAAGGCAACACGACGGCCGGUCCGAACAGUAUCGGACAGAACCGACGCUAUACGGCCGGUGCUGGAGGUGGAAGCAAUUAUGGCCGCAAUACUAACAACAGUAACAAUAGUGGCAGUGGCGGUGCACCAGCCGGUGGUGGUGGUGGUCGUUAUCAAGCCAGCAAUCAUUUCACGGCCGAUCGUGAGGUUUACAUGAACAACGAUGUGUCGCGGCGAAAAUCGACCUCGUCCGUUCCACCGUCGGAGAAGUCAGACUCCAGUGAUGCCGAUUCGGUUCACUCGCUGCCAAUCGAGACCAACGCUGCCCGCAAGCAGCAGCAGAAGCAACAGGCCAAGAAGCAGACGCCCCCGGCGGCGGGCCAUCAUCAUCAGCAUCAACAGACUAGUCAACAACAGCGACAAAGCGGCGGCGCGUCCCAGUCUUACGCGGAGAUCGCACGCAUACCGAACGCACCAAUGGCCGAGAAGAACGGUGGGGGUGCCAACAGCAAUGGGACAGCGUCAACAAUUACCGGCGGAGGCGACGGAGGUUCACUCGACGGUUUCCUCGCACACUCGAAUGCCACCGGUGGCAAUAGCAAUACCGCCAACCUGCUGCAAGAUCUCAACUCAUCGGUAGCCUUCCCACAACUAGUCGAAUCGCACCAUCAUCACACGCAACAGGGGGCGGCACCACUAUUGUCAGCAACGGUCGCCGCAGCGGGCUCAUUGUCUUCGAUGCCGACGGGGUCGGUAUCGUGCUCGUUGGGCCAAGCGCAUCCAUCUCAGGUGUCGUCUACAUCAGGCGGUGUCGGUGGAAAUGUAUAUAGUGGCGCCGUUAGCAGCACCAACAGUACUGGCAGCAAUAGCGUAGGCAAUAGUCAAAGUACGGUAGGAACUCGGGCGACAUACUCGCAAAGUUUGCUUACGGCUGUGAACAAUGUCGCCGACGAGAAGAAUAAUCCAUCGCUACAGCAGCACCAUGGAACAGGAUCAACGUCGACGACGACAACGUCCUCCUCCACAGAGUCGCGCGAUACGUCCACUGGACCGCCGAACGGUAUCCUGCCUCCUGGCGGUGGUAAAGCUGGUGCCGAGAUGGAAAAGUCGUUUCACAAGUCCAAGAGUGUCGACAACCCCGAUCUGUACUACUCCAACGAGCACUAUCCAGCGCUUGAAAAAACGGUCAAAGGACACCAUCAUCAUCAGCGUUUGAAUAAUAACAAUUCCGAUGGAGCUGCAGGUGCUUCCGCGUCGGUUGGAAGUAAAAGUGUUUCAUCGAAGGGGGCGCCGGGCCCGCCGUCGAUGGUUGCUGGGUCUAUCGUCAGUGCCAGCACAAUGGCGAAUUCUUCAGCACAAGGAAGUAGUAGUGCCGUAAGCGUCGGCCACAGCACUACCAGCGCGCCUUCGACUACGGGUUCUUCUACAUCCAGUGGCUCCAAUGUUGUUAGCUCGAAGAAAGCCAAAUUGAAAAAGGAUUCUUCGGUAUCGUCAACGGCGCAGGUAGUAGACGCGUCUGGAGACUACGACCCGAUGAUCCAUAACAGUGCCGCCGUCCUUAUCGACACCGAUACGCAGACCACCACCAACAUGCUACCAUUCGACACUCGUAGCCCCAUGAAUGGUGGAGCUGGGGCGCUCGGUGCGAGCACGAUUCACUUCCUGCAGACUUCUCCCCAGGCUUUGCAAAACGUGACGACGACGAGUGCGGCCGGUGGUGGUAGUAAGCGCCACAAGAAGGAUAAGCAGUCCGCUGCGGCAGCGGCUGGUAAGGCAGCAUCGACAGCAGCCAAGGGACAGCAGCAACAGCAACAACAGCAGCAACAGCAGCAACAGCAGCAGCAACAUCAACACCACACGCAUCGACCAGCGGUUAUAAUUCUGAACGAUAACGAGCCAAAAUCGAAUGAAUUUACGUUCGGGUUCGACAUUGACCAAGAGCUGCUCUUCGGAGAUUUUAGCGAAGAAGAUCGUAGCCUGCUUGAUGGACGUUGCACCAUUGGUGGGUGUACCGAGCAUCAGAAUCCGAAGCCAGCAGGAUCGAAGCAGACGUCGCAACAGCGUUCUCGAAAUACCAACAGUGCUGGUAGUGGUGGAGCAGAAGUGGCUGCCGUUGCUUCUGCUUCCGAGAAGAAAAGCACGGCGAUGCCUGUGGAACAGCACGAAUCUUCGCCAUCAGUAGUAGAUACGCGCAACAUCGGUAAAGCAUCGUCAUCGUCCGCUUCGUCGUCGGUUUCUUCCUCGUCAGUAUCGCUAUCAUCGGCUGGCGUCGCUGCCACGACCCACAGUUACCAACAGCAGCAGCAGCAACAUCAGCUUGUGCAGCAACAGCAGCCCGUGGCAACGGCUAUCGUCAUGGCUACCGCGAUCCCUGCAGCAGAUGUCCAGCAGCAGUCAGACGAUUCGACGACGGGAACAACGAGCGCGGUUCAAACUACAACGAUCCCACCAGAUGCGACCACCGUUACCUUGAACUUCCAGCAGCCUCCACCGGCCGUUGCCCUUCUACACCCGAUAUAUACGCAGCCACCACCAUCUCUACCACCACCACCAACACCGCAUCAUCUCUUGGCUUCUCCGCCGCAUCCACAGCAAGCUCCUCCGGCCCCGGCUACAAAUCGGCCACCACGUCACCACAACCCGUACCCGAUGCCACCACCGACCGUGCUGGCAGCACCCGCCACCGCUGUCGUCCCCGUGACCGCUACGGCCGUACCAAUCCCGACCGAUCCCAACGGUAAUCCAGCGGCAGCCGCCGCCGUGGUUGCCGUACCGACGCCACAUCUCAUUACGGUUCCACCACCAAAUCUGCCCCGAAUAGCGACCAUCGUUCCAUCCUACGGAGUGCUGAUGCCUCCCGGUGCCGCCCCCGCUGGUCCCUUGCCGGCAACGGUCGGCGUUGCACCAGUUACCCCUGCGGCGGCCGUUGCACCCUUGGUAGUCCCGGUGGCCAUCCAGCAACCACCCGCUGUUGUGGCUACAAUGGUCGGAAAGGGAACCAUGGCCGGUAGCGAUGCAAUUAACAACAAUAAUAACACUGUAACAACAAACCAUCAUCAUCAUCAUAGUCAUCAUCAGCAUCAGCAGCCACGCCAGUCAUCACCUGCCACAUCCGUCGUUACCCCGGCAACCAAUAUUAAUAGUAUUGCUCAAAGCUACCAACAGCAGCAACUACAGCUGCAACAACAACAACAACAACAAAUGCAACAGCAACAGCAACAACAGCAACAACAGCAACAACAGCAACAGCAGCAACAGCAGCAACAGCAGCAACAGCAGCAACAGCAGCAACAGCAGCAACAGCAGCAACAGCAACAACAGCAACAGCAGCAACAGCAGCAGCAAAUGUCAGCAACUGCCAGUCAAGUCGCGACGGUUGAUACUGCUGCGCAGACACACCCGCAAACAGUUGGUAAUUUGCAGCAGCAUAAGCAACACCCCCCAUCGUCGUCAUCGUCUACGUCAUCGUCCACUACCACCGAUGCUAUCGUACAGCAGACGUCACAUCCGAUCGCUCCCGUCCGAGAGAAGAUGAAGGAGUUCAACCUUCGGUUCAUCGCACCGGAAAAGGUUCACACAACGGAGUACAAUCACGAUAAGAUUGUGUUUUUCGUAGGAACAGCCUGGGAAGAUGCCAUUUGCGGCAACAACGGUACUGUCAAAUACUACGAAGACAAAUAAGAGGGAAGGUUCGUCCAAUGUGUGCAGUAUCAAAGAGGGACGUGGUACACGCGAUUUUGGUAUGGAGCCCCCAGCCAGCAAGGCGCGCAGUAUAAGUUAGUCGUAUCGAUGUUUCAAUCGAUGACACUCAGUCAGUUAGUGUUUUAAAAGAGAAAAAAAAAAUAGGAGAUCAAACUGUAAUGCGCUUACUGUCAAGUAUAUAGGUCAAACAAAUGAAAGCCAAUACGCGUAACACUAAGCCGAAAGUCGGAACGUGUAAUGCAUAGCAUUCGCGCUAAGGAAGAUGAGACCAUCCAGUGAAGCAGAAAUUAGCACCGGGAAGAGCAAAAAAGCGAACUGCUACUUGGUGUAAGGGAGUAUCAAACACACAGGGUCAGAAAAGGCGGCCACUAAAGAGUGCGUCGUGUAUGAGAGAGUGAGGGUGUUUUCUAGGGCAGAUUGCUGUAUCUAUUUAGGAGUAUGUUUAAAACAAAACUAAACACUAGAACCAGUAUGCAUCUUCGAUUUGGCCGUGUUCAGCUGCCCAGCAACGUUAUCAUCAAAGUCACAGUGCGCCACGAUUGGUGGCCGUAAUUAUGUUUACAUAAUUUAAAAUAUGUUAGGUUAUUUCGUAAAAAAUCCCCUUCCUUCUCCCCCAUUCGUUUCUAUUGGUUCCUUAUUAUCAAUCGCUUUCUACGAGCUUCCAGUUGAUGCUUGAUGGGCAGUCUUUAUUAGCAAACAUAAACACACAAGCACACAAAACAAACUAAUGAAAAACAUAUCCUGUGAAAUGCUUCAAUCCUCGUUCACGUACAUUGUGAACGUUCGUUUGUGUGAGGAUCAUUUGAAUGGUUAGCGGAAGUAUCGAUUUAUUUGUGUGUGUGUGUGUGUGUAUGCAUUAUUUGCGCUUGUGGAACGUUGCUUGUUCCAGCAUGCACCAUAACCAUAACUUGUGUUUCGUUCCGAUAUCACCUUGGGAGAUAUAGCAAACCAAAACAAAGAACAACACCAUUCAUUUAUCGUGCCCCCCUCCCCCCCCACUCUGGUCGAAGUACUAAGUAAACGCAGAAGAAGUUUGUUUUCAUUUCAUCUGAAACCAAAACGUUAGCCGAUCUUCUGUACAUACUUCGGUACGGAGCGUCUACACAAGGAGUUUUCUGGCUGGCACGAGUGAGGAAUGUCUCCAUAGACUUCACUUAGCCUGCCCAUUUAGUAAUCUGGUGUGCUCGUUUUAAUCCACGAGGUCCGAUCCUAGUUCCCUAUGAUCUGCUCUGUUUCGUUCGUAAGAUGGAUAAAAAAAAAAAGCUAUUUUGCAACGUCUCUGUUGGCCGCCUGGAGUGCAGUUUAUACGCAGCCUAGAAGAUAGCAGGAUGCAGGAAAAAAUAGAAUGAACAGCAACAAAAAAAACUAAUGAACUUAUCCUGCCUUUGCGGCGGUAUUCGUUGUUGAAUGUGAGACAAAAAAGGCCGACUAGAUGGAUUCGAUAGAGCUAGCUAGUGAGGCGAAUUGCAACACAAGAAUCGUUACGUCUUGCAAAUAGUCUAAGUUGGCCGGAAUGCCAAAAAAAAAAAAAUCAAGCAGAACAAGUAAAGAAAAAUGCGAAAAAGCUAAUCAAACCAAUGCUGUUGAUCCUCAAUAAGUCGGCGGGCAGAUCAAACGAUGUGGAAAGCUCUAAAAGAUCAACAGCUGAGUCAAAAAAGAGUAGAUUAAGCAAAACAGUAAAAAAGAAAAGUGAGUAUGCCUGAAGGAGUGGAGUGUAAAAGGGAUUCGAGUGAAUGUUAUGUUACGCUGCGGUCGAGAAUAAGAGAAUGAACGGGGGCGUGUAAAGCCGGGUUGAAAGGGGUACAAGAACGACUGUGAAAUCGUACGAUUGAGGUUGUGAGAAAGAGGAUGGAUGUAUGAGAAAAAAAAACAGAAAAAAACCUGACGAGCGCGCUUUGAAGCCAAACGGGAAUAUGUCCCAAUUGGCCGGUAGUAGUUCUU